GAAGCUCAGAAUUAUGCAGAUGAAAACGACCUUGUUGAGAUUUUGAUGGAAGUGUCAGCACUAACAGGCGAAAAUGUGGAAGAUCUUUUCUCUAAAGUAGGUGAGUGGCUAUUCAUUGAGCUAAAAGGGUAAGUUUCUAAAGAAACUGUGGUUCUAUGUCGGUGGUAGAAUAUAGCAGGGUAAUUUCUCAGCAGUAUUAUCAAUCAAGUUGAAAACGUAAAUUGGCCACGGAUCAGCGAGCGCUUUUAUUCAACUGGCCGUGCGUAUUAAGAAUGCCGAUUUGAAAGAUGUUUUACCAAUGUAAAACUUUUUGCGAAAAGUUAUAGAUCGGUGAAACAUUGGAAGACGACUAGGUGACCGACUCCGAGUUCGGAUAGCCUCUAAACACUAGAACAAUCUCCAAUCGCUCUGAUAACGAAGGGCUAACGCUCGAAACGUCAGCUUUUAAACUAAUUACGAUGGCUAAUUUACGUUAUCAACUCAGGUGAUAAUACUUAAUUACCCUAUUCAUUGAUCUGUCUGACAAAGUGACGGCAAAGUGGCAUAUGAGGUGCUAGAGCUAAUCAUAAUUUUUUUAAACAUGAUACAGCUUGGAGUUUUCAACCCAGACCUCUUUAUCUGUGGUUAGGGCUCUAACCAUUUUACUGCCCCAUCUCCUAACAAGCUGCCUUAUCCAUUACACUGCUUUUUCGGGUAGAUGUGUUUUCUCUUAAGGUGUCUUUGGUAAAUGGCAUGCUUUGCACGCAUUGCAACAUUCUCCUUCUGCUUUUGUAUAAAACCUGAUUGAAAGAGAAUUCCCCAUUAUACGUCGGCUAAAGGCGAUACAGGCGGAAGAAAAUAUGCAACCACUUAUCAUAACAUGAUUUAAUAGAGGAUGCUUUUUAAAUUAUCACAUACUCCACUCUUGUAUGAUGCCAGACUUGCUGAUAGCUUGGAGGCUGUGCUAUGAUAUCGAAUGAAAAGCAUUGUCGAAAGCUUCAGAAAGUCUAGUAACGCCAUUUCUGCGGAGUGACCAUUGAGGAACACUUCUUUCCAAUUAGCACUUAUUAAUGGAAAUAAGAACACUUUCAGUGACUAAGCCUUGACAUAAAUCCUUUUAUUUUUGCAGUCAAGUGUUCGUCAAUAAUUUGGCAGACCUGUUGUUGUUUUUAAUUCUAUUAAUAUAUAUAAAAAAAUAAUUGAGUAUGGGUUUCUGACUACAGAUGAAUUGAAGGGGAACAUAUUUGUUACAAUAGUAUGUCUGUUGUGGCAGCGGCUGCUUCUAUGGUACAUGAACUUGGAUAACUAACGUUAAUUUCUCCUGGAAAAAAGACAAAAAUUGUUAAUAGCAGAAAUUUUUUAUGUUUGCUAGAAGAAUAAGAGAGUGUGAGGUUUUGUUCUUAGUGUCAAAACUAGGUUGCUUCUGCAGGGAUUAGGAAGGUUUAACAGGCAAAUGAGCCUAUGGCCCCUAUCAUUGGAAAGUUAUGGGCCAUUUAUAAAACGUUUGGGCCAUUAGGGUAAAUAAAUGGGCCAGUAAAAAUUUUAACAAAGGUUUAUUGCUUGUGUAUUACAGUCUAUACCUAUACAGAGACAUGGUUUUAAGCGUGAAGAACCGUUGCCAUGAAUAACCAUCCGCUAUAUUAACUUCAAGUGAUCUUCAAGGUUUUUGAAAUGUCGUGUGACCACCAGAACAAAACGGUGAUGAUAAAUUGCUAUCAACCAUUCGGCAGUUCAUUAAUUGACAGUGGUCUUCUAUAAAAGCCUGACACUAACCAAAUGAAACAUAAUUGUUUCUGACAUCAGUUAUGUUUUUUAAUUACUUUGUUUUUGACAACAAAAAAUUAUUUGUUUUGACCAUUAUUGUUAUAACCAUAUUUUAAGGUCAGAAUAAGUUCAAUAACAGUAAAUAUUUGUUCGUUUUGCCAAUAACAAAUAGGUUACAGAUUUUAAACCAUUAAGUUUAGGUUAAACCAACCAUUUCAAUCAACUAUAGCCUUUUGAAAAGGUUAUUGUCACUGGUCAGUUUUUAUAGUGUUUCUCUAUUUUGGUGCCUGUGUUACUCAUUUUAAUUUUAGACUCCUGUUGUUAUUUUGUGACUGACAGAAUGACCAGCCUUAAGAAAUCUUUUUUUUUGUUGGUGCCAAAUGACAAGAGUCUAGAAUGCUUGGAAGCACCUUCGUCAGUCGUUUCACAUGAACCAUCUGUUUCGUCCGUUUCACGGUCGUUUUCGCUCACAGUAUCACGAUUCUGCUCCGCUGUUGUGUUGAAAAAUGUAGACAACGUUCUCUGCGAGCUGUCCAAUCUCAAGAUUUUUUUCGGAGGCAUGAGGCUAAUCGAUGCAAAUACAUUCAAAGCGACGAAAACGCUCGAACUCUGCUCGAAAACGAAAGUACAUGGAACUCCGAGCAAUAGCCUCGUUUGCAUGCAAAGUCCGAGUUCAGGAUCUGGGAACAAGAAUGAAGCGAGCGUGAUCAAACGAGCGAAGGCACCGUAGUUUUUCGCUUGUUUAUGUCUCACCAAAGUGAAACUUUUACAAAUUAAAAUCCUUUCCACAAAAUAGUUUAUAUUUCACUAACUUUGUGCGGUCAGGGCGCAUCACAGGCCCGGUAGGUAUUUUUAUAAAGGGCCAUUCCGUAGCUUUAUGCGCCAUACGCGCAUGGCGCACGGCCUUCCUAAUCCCUGCUUCUGUUAUCGAAACCAGUUAUAUCAAUUUGUGUAAGCUGUGUUUAGUUCUCUUAUGGUGAAACUGCCACACUUCUUUCCUGUUAAUUAAGGUUUCCAGGGAUGGUUCGUCAGGAAAUAAUUAGGUUUAAUUAAAUGAUAGGUUUAGGCAUUAUUUAGGAUGUAGAGGGACAAAGCUGACAGGAAAUUGUCAGGUGGUGCAUAGCUUUUUCGAAUCAUUCUAUUUUGUAGUGAAACGUUUAACUGCACUCGUAUCCGAUAUCCUCCAAACGUUGGUUCUCGGAGAGAAAACUUUGGAUUUGAGCAAGAGAAAUGUGGGCAGCAUUCCGUUGGAUUUUCUCACAGCCAUGUUUAUGAAUAGUCGAAAGAACCUCUUACUUGCAAAUAUCCGAUCGCUGAAUUUGAGCCACAACAAUUUUGAAAAGCUACCUGAUAUUUUUCUUCAAUUGAUAAACUUGACGUGCUUGUAUGUGAAUGACAACAGACUGUCCUCUUUGCCUGAAAGUUUGAGAAGCUUGAAAGGACUUCAAAAGCUGGACUUGAGAAAUAACCAACUGAAGGGACUUGAUGUGGUUAGAGGGCUGCCUAAACUUAAAAAACUGUUUGUUGAAGGAAAUCCGCUCACAUUAGAGGAGAUCAGAAGUCUUAUUAAGUAUGUGGAGAAGACUACAAGGACGAUCUCCGUAGACAUUGCAGGU